AACCAAAAUUUAUUCUUAUGAUCCCUUACAUAUUUUGCUUGUACCGUUCUACCUCAACCUAUGGCCGGUUGCAGUGGCUGGCUAAGCUUAAGAAGCGCGCACGCCACCCCCCAAGUUAUGGUUAUGAGAAAACCUCGUAACCUGGUCAUUUUGCCUCCACAGUCCACAUUGGGGACGUCGGGUUAUCAGAGCCAAUUAUUAUUAUUGAAAAUCCUUAUAUGACGUUUGGACGACUUCGUACAUACCUUACCGUGGAUUCGUAAUUUCUCGUAUUGGCGCCUUGGCCCGGGAAAUAUUUGAACCUCGUGAGUUGAUAUUUAUUUGUGUGAUAUUUUGAGCAAUAAAAGGACGUAGAAAUAGAAAACUAUGCAGCGUGAAACAAGAAUAAAGAAGGAGUUAAAAAUACUGGGGAGUGAUCCUCCUCCAGGAAUAUCUUGUUGGAUGGUGGAUGAUCGCAUUGAUCAUUUACAUGGGAACAUAAUUGGAAGUGAAGACACACCUUACUGUGAUGGGAUUUUUAAACUGGACUUGAAUAUUCCAGAAAGAUAUCCUUUUCAGCCACCAAAAGUACAAUUCCUUACACCAAUUUACCAUCCAAAUAUUGAUAAUGCUGGGCGUAUUUGCCUUGACAUAUUAAAGAUGCCACCAAAGGGUGGAUGGAAACCCUCAUGGAAUGUAUCAACAGUGUUGAAAUCAAUCCAAUCUCUUAUGGCAGAACCAAAUCCAGAAGAUCCAUUAAUGGCGGAAAUAUCUGAACAAUACAAAUAUCAGAGACAUGAAUUUAAUAAAACGGCUGAGCAAUGGACAAAAAAGCACGCCAUCUCAAAUGUUGCAAAACCAACAACUGAAUGUCAGGAUCAGUUUAAAUCAGAGAUGAAAGAUCCUGGUUGCAGUAGUUGGUCGACAUUAAGAGAAAUACCUUUAGUCGACAGAACAAACAAUGAAAGAAAUGCCCCUUUGUCAAAAUGUCCAAGUAAAAGACUGGCGGAAAAUGAUGAAUCUGUUCGACCUCUUAAAAUUACUAAGUACAAGUAAAAAAUAUUUACUUGUACUUUAAAUAAUAGAAAAGUAUAUGAUAAAGUGGGUGCGUACGGACUAUGCGUGCAUACAUUGAUUCGCCAAAUAUCUCAAAUUCAAAUCUAGCCUUGACGCUAUAAUCUCUGCUUUAUAUGAUAUAUGGACAAUACUAAAAUACUAUGUAAAAGUUAGGACUUACAAUUAAAUGCAUGUGCCCACGUUU